AUGUAUAGGACUCAAUUACUCAGAUCUCAAAACCAAUGUCUUUUCCAACAACAACACGCGUUGUUGGUUAGAUCACUUUCUUCCACAGUAACCAAAUUCUCCAAGUUUGGUGAUAUUCCAUUGGCUCCUCCUGAUAAGAUUUUGGGUAUAACCGAAGCUUUUAACAAUGACUCAAACCCAAACAAGAUCAAUUUGGGUGUUGGCGCUUAUAGGGACAAUUCCGGUAGACCAAUCAUUUUCCCAAGUGUUAAGGAAGCUGAAAAGAUUCUUUUACAAAAAGAGACUGAAAAGGAAUAUACUCCAAUUAUUGGUUCAAAGAAAUUCCAAAACAUUGUCAAGAAUUUCAUUUUCAACAAUUCUAACAAGGAUGCCAAUGGUAAGCAAUUGAUUGAUGAUGGUAGAAUAGUUACAUCCCAAACUAUUUCAGGUACUGGGUCAUUGAGAGUUAUUGCUGAUUUCUUGAAUAGAUUUUAUGAUACAUCAAAAAAGAUUUUGGUUCCAAAGCCAACUUGGGCCAACCACGUUGCUGUUUUCAAAGAUGCUGGUUUAAAGCCUGAAUUUUACACAUAUUAUGAAACCAGCCAAAACGACUUGGACUUUGAAAACUUGCAAAAAUCCUUAAAAUCUCAACCCAAGGGCUCUAUAAUCUUGCUUCAUGCAUGUUGUCACAAUCCAACAGGUAUGGACUUGACCAAUGAGCAAUGGGAUCAAGUAUUGCAAAUCAUUCAAGACCAACAAUUUUACCCAUUGGUAGAUAUGGCAUACCAAGGUUUUGCUAGCGGUAAGCCAUACCAAGACAUUGACUUGAUUCGUAAAUUAACCAAAUUAGCCAAUGAGAACAAGAUCCCCGAAUUUGCCUUGUGUCAGUCAUUUGCUAAGAAUAUGGGAUUAUACGGUGAAAGAACAGGUUCAUUAUCCAUAAUUACAUCGAGUGCCUCCAAGUCAAAAGCAAUUGAAUCCCAAUUAAAGAAGUUGAUUCGUCCAAUUUAUUCAUCACCACCAAUUCACGGAUCUAAAAUCGUUGAAGUUAUCUUUGACGAAUCAAGCGGCUUGUUGCCUCAAUGGCUCAGCGAGUUGGACCAAGUAGUUGGCAGAUUAAACACUGUACGUCAAAAAUUGUAUGACAAUUUAGACAAGACCAAUUAUAACUGGGACCAUUUGUUGAAACAAAGAGGUAUGUUUGUAUACACAGGAUUGUCACCAGAGCAAGUUGCUGAAUUGAGGAGCAAAUAUAGUGUUUACGCAACAGAUGACGGAAGAUUCAGUAUCUCGGGUAUCAAUGAUGGUAAUGUUGAAUACUUGGCUAAUGCAAUUAACGAGGUUAUUAAGAAAUAA